AUGGAAUGCAAUGAAACGUCGGAUUAUUCCUCCAAUUCUGAAAGUGGAUUUUCCACCAGCGAAUUAAAUGACCAUGACGAAGAAACCAUAUUGAAAAUUGCUAAACUUAAGAAAAUGAUUGCUGAGCUUGAAGAUACCUCUACAUUGAAAGUGGCAAAACUAAAUAAAGAGAAAAAAGGACCAUUAAAUCGAAGUACAGUACAAGUUGUAGAUGAGAUUUCUGAUGACAAAACCGUUAAACCUUUUCAUGACAAAACCUCCAAAGUGGUAACAAAUAAAGCUAAUAAAGUCCAAGCCGUAGAAGAAAUUUCUAAUGACAAGAUAAAAAAGAGAUCACUAAAACGAAGCCGCCCUCAAGUCUCAGACGAAAAUGAUACUGAAUUUUCUAGUGAUGAUCCUGAGCAGAAAUCCAUGAGACUCAUAGUAGCUGAAAAACUUUAUCAUUUGUGUUCUACUACUGAAUAUCGUGAUAUGCCUCUUAUUGAAAUUAACAAAUGUAUUGAUAAGAUGAUUCGUCGUCAUGUCAAUUAUAAACGUAAACUUAAUUUAUCUCAUUAUUAUUCUACGGUAUAUCAAACUUGUUCAACACUUAAUAUUAGUGGAAUGCUUGAAACUCAAGAAACAAUCGUUUCUACUAAUAAAAGAAUCAAAUCCCGUAAACCUAAUGGCAACAGUAAAAGAGCUAAAAAAGGGAAAUAUGUUGUAUCUAUCGAAGUUAAUGAAAGCGAUUCAAAUUUAUCAGAAAAAAACACAACUGCUUUUACUAAUAAGAGAAUCAAAGCCCCUAAAGAAAAACAUGUUGAUCAUAAUACGCCUAUCGAUAUUAACGAAAGUGAUCAAAGUUCAUCAGAAAAAAAUAUUGAACCUACAUUUAAUAGUAGUGAGAUGCUUGAUCCUCAAGAUACAACUACCCCCCCUAAUAAUAAACCCAAAACCCGUUCUAAUGUUAAAAAAGGAAAAACUAUUGAUCACAAUGCACCGAUCAAUGUUGAUGACAGCGAUCCAGGGUUAUCAGAAAAAAACAUUCAUAUGGUUGCUCCUACUAAUAAUAAAACCAAAACCCGUUCUAAUGCUAAAAAAGGAAAAAAUAUUGAUCACAAUGCACCGAUCAAUGUUGAUGACAGCGAUCAAACUUUACCAGAAAGAAAUAUUAAUACAGCUGCUCCUACUAAUAAUAAAACCAAAGCCCAUAAACCUAACGGCAAUAGUAAAAAAGCUAAAAAAGAAAAACAAGUUUAUCACAAUGCACCUAUCAAUGUUGAUGAUAAUGAUCCAACUUUAUUAGAAAAAAAUAUUGUAGUAUUGAAUGAAUAUCCGGAUUUUCAUGGAUAUUCAAAAUUCAUUUUUAAUUGUGGAUAUUCACGUAUCCCACCUCUACAAUUUACCACAUUAACCCACC